AUGGCGGCCAGAGUGGAACUUCUGGAAGCCAGACCACUUGUUUGCUUUAGGUGUCUCGAAAGGGGGCAUGUGAGGCAACAAUGCAGAAGCAAAGUUGAUAGAAGCGCGGCUUGCUAUCGAUGCGGCUCCGAAGGACAUCAAGCCCAGGACUGCAUACUGGAGCCUAGCUGCCCGGUGUGCAAGGCGAAGGACCUCCCGGACCGGCACAAAGCUGGGGGCACAGCCUGCCCUUCGCCAUCCAAGAGGGAGACUAAGAAAAGGAGACAAGAGGGAAAUCCUCAGGCGACGGAGAAGACCCGAACUACUCGGGAAAAAUCCAGCCAAAAGGAGAAAGAGACAUCCAAGGAUGUGGAAGAAUCCAGGGACGUGAACAUGAAUGAGUCGUGUGAAACGAUCCCUGUGGAUACUGAGAUGGACGCCCCGCAGGACGAACAGGGCCCCACAGGAGAUAGAUCCACAGAGGUAAGCGGUUUGGAGGAAGCCGGGAAGCCGACGCCUUCACGCCGAUAA